AUGGAGGGCGGCGCGGGUCCUAAACGCAAGAACCUCGGCUUCUUCAAACCCAGGCUCUACAUGCUGGAGCGGCGCCGCACCGACACCAUCAUCGCGCAGGCAGAGGAGGAGAAGGGCAGCAACCUGCGCAGGAGCCAGUCCGAUCGCAGCGAGUACAGCCAGAAGCUGAAAGCCAAGAUGACUCCCCAUGCAAUUCCUGAAGCCUCAGCAACCCCAGCGGUGGACCCAAAGGAACAGAGAGAGCAAAUGAUGCGCAUGAGGUUAAAGGUCAUCGAGGAGCUAGUACAGACUGAGAGAGAUUACUACAAGGACCUGGAUCUGUGCAUCACGCAUAUUGUGCAACCUCUCCGGCAGAAACAGGUAGAGUGUCUUGAUGUGGACGGGUUGUUCAGUAACAUCGAAUCAGUCCAUCAGAUAUCUGCCAAGCUCUUGUCAAUGCUGGAAUACGCAGUCACCGAGGAUGAGCAAGAAACACAGAUGAUUGGCGAAAUAUUUUUGCAGAUUAAAGCUCCUUUAGAGGAAGUCUAUAAAAUCUAUUGUUAUCACCAUGACGACGCCAAUAAUUUGCUGGAAGUUUAUGACAAAGAUGAAGACAUUCGGCAGCAUAUAAGAACCCAAGUUGAUAUUCUGAAGAAAAUAUAUCAGGAGCAGGGGAAGUCUACCCUGUUAGAUAUGGGAUCACUGCUCAUUAAACCUGUGCAGAGAAUAAUGAAAUACCCGCUGCUGCUGAGCGAGCUUUUCAAGUCCACACCAGAGCUACAUGCUGACCACAGGCCUGUUGAAGAGGCUUUGCUUGCAGUGAUGCAGAUCAACACCAACAUCAAUGAAUUCAAGAGGAGGAAGGAUCUGGUGAUGAAGUACAAGCGAAGUGACGAAGACGAGUCUCUCAGGGACAAGCUGUCUAAGGUGAACAUUCAUUCCAUCAGGAAGAAGUCAAACCGUGUCACCAGCCACCUGAAGAUCCUCACUGGAGGAGAGCUCCAGGUCAAGGAUGAGACAUUCGACCGAGAAGAAAAAUUGUUCCGAAACUUGGAGAGGGCUGCGAGACUUACUGUGAAGAACAUAUCAUCCUAUGUUCAGAAUAUUCAGGAAGGUAUGCUAUUGGCUGUUCAAAAUGUUCAUGGACUUCAAAGAACUUUCCAAGAUUUGCACCAGACCAAUGGCAACUCUCUAGACGGACUCAAAAACUAUCAAAACUCUUUUGAAAGUUUUAGAGACCACUUGGAGAGGGCAGUGGUCCUGCCGCUAGGUACAUUGCAGGUCCUGUUCUCGGCUCCGCAGAAGCUGAUACAGAAGCGCUACGACAAGCUGCUCGAUUACGUCAGCUUCCUCAAGCAGUCAGAAAGCGUGAAGGAGAAGAAGGCCGCAGAGGAGCUGAACCAGGCGAAGAGGGAUUAUGAAGCUCUGAAUGGACAGUUGGUAGAGGAGCUGCAGAAGUUUAACAAAGUGGCAACAAAGGUUCUGCUCAACUGCAUUUACUGUUUCAUGGCCAUCUUCAGGGAUCUCAUGACCUCUGCACUACAGGCAUCUCCGUCCAUCAAAAACAUGCCGAUUACCUCCACAAGGAAUGUCCAAGACAAGCAAAAACAUGUCAUUGAAGAAAUACGUAAGCUUUCCUUUGGUAAGGAGCUCAGCAAUGGAUCUCAGAGGGUGGUGGAGAGGAGGAACAGUUCAGAAGAAAGGUCAAAGAAAAGGCUAUCAGCUUCCUUGCCCAAAGUUCCCCAUCAGACUGAAGACCACCGGGCUAAACUCCUGUCGACGUACAGUCCUGACAAGCUGUUUCAGGCAAAGCGGAAAUUCAAUGCCACCCAAGAGCUAGACACGUCUCUUCAUGAGGGUGAAAUCGUGGCCGUUCUUGAGAAGCAGGAUCCUAUGGGCAGUGUGAGCAGGUGGCUCGUUGACACUGGAGUGACACAGGGCUAUGUGUACUCUUCAUUCCUGAGGCCAUAUAAUCCUGCGAUUGGACAGAAUGGCCAGUCGAGUGAAGGAUCUGCUAUGGACAGCGAUUUUGAUGACAUUACUCUAUUCGUAACUUCGUAUUCUGACAUCAUGAAGACUUCGCACUUCAGCACCAGUGACAGUGACACUACUCUGAACAGUUCUCAGGAGAUCAGUCCAUGCAGUGCAGACACAACGUCAUUCAGUGGAAGCGAUGACAACUCAAGUGACCUGGGAGAGCAGCAGAUCUUCUAUGCUGUGUACCCAUUUCAUGCAAGGAGUGACUACGAACUCAGCCUCCAGGAGUACGAACGAGUGAAGAUAGUCAAAUCCAGUGACUUGAGCGGCAACAAAGACUGGUGGUUGGCAGAGGUCAAUGGCAAGAGGGGCUAUGUCCCUGCAAACUACUUGGGAAGAAUGACUUACGCAUGAAGACCCCACAUGUGAAAACCUUUGAGAUCCAUGAAUGGACCCUCAUUAUCAUGUGGUUGCUGACCUAGUUUUGGGCAUCAUGUUCAAGGAGCAAGGCCUGUUUAAUUGGAUGUGGAGAAUAGUAACAGGAAGAUGUGGCUGCAGCAACUGAGACUGUCUCGUUGUCAAGUUUAAAACUAGUGCUCCUAAUGCUCCAUUAAAACCAACACAAAAAUAAACCUGGAGGCACAAGAGACGGCGGGUGCUAGAAUCUGGAGCAAAAAUGUAAGCUUCUGGAGGAACUCAGCAGGUCAGGCAGCAUCCGUGGAGGGAAAUGAACAGUUGACGUUUCAGGUUGAGACCCAAAAUGUCAACUGUUCAGAAUCAGAAUCAGGUGUAUCAUCAUUGAUAUAUAUCACGAAGUUUGUUGUUUUGCAACAGCAGUACUAUGUAAAACAUGAACAUUACUCUAAGUUGCCAAUAUAAAUAAAUAGUGCACAGCAAGAAUCAUGAGGCAGUGUUCAUGGGUUUCAAGCCCUAUAUUGAUGUUGCUUGAUCUACUGGGUUCUUCCAGCAGUUCUUCUUUUGCUCCAUAAAACAAUUUCUUGUGUUUCUAUACAUUUUCCAAAAAAAAUGACUCAUUUUCUAUGAGGAUAGGACACUACUGCAUUGAAGCAACUGUGUAGUGAAAUAUUCAGUUGUGUGUGUGUGUGUGUGUGUGUGUGUGUAUGUGUGUAAGAGUGAACACUAUAUGAAGGAUAUGGUACCAAUGACCCAGAUACCAAGGCUGUGUGUGAAUGAGAGUGAACACUAUAUGAAGGAUAUGGUACCAAUGACCCAGAUACCAAGGCUGUGUGUGAGUGAGAGUGAACACAAUAUGAAGGAUAUGGUACCAAUGACCCAGAUACCACGGCUAUGUGUGUGUGUGAGUGAGAGUGAACACUAUAUGAAGGAUAUGGUAUCAAUGAUGCAAAAACCAAGCCACAAAAUCCUGAUAUUGCUAUUAAACGUACUCCUGUGGAGUAGAGACUUCAUUAAAAAUCCUCUUGAGAUAUGAAGGUAUACACUAAUUCAAAACUAUAGGGAAUAUGCAGAAUAUUUAACGUGAAUCUUUUCUUCUAUUAGAAUUUCAAUUAUUAAGUAUCACAGAAGAUGAAGCCAAAGAAACAUCAAGUUUUAUUUCGUUGUGGGAUAGCAUUUAUCUUCCAUCCCAGAGGAUGGAAGAUAAGUGCUGUCAAUUAAGAGUCAACUGUGGAGUUGCACAGAGACCAGAAUGGAUAAGUUAACAAACGAGAAAAUCUGCAGAUGCUGGAAAUCCAAGCAACGCACACAAAAUGCUGGAGGAACUCAUCAGGCCAGGCAGCAUCUAUGGAAAAAGGUACAGGUGACAUUUCGGCCAAGAACUGCCGAAGGGUCUGGGCCCAAAACAUUGACUGUACUUUUUACCAUAGAUGCUGCCUGGCCUGCUGAGUUCCUCCAGCAUUUUGUGUGUGUUGCUUUGGUAAGCUAACAAUUUUUUCCCCUAUAAACAUUAAUAAAACAACUCCCCCUGCAUUAAUCCAGUAGUUUUAUAAUUGUAAGAUUGUAAAUUCCAGAUUUUAUUUACUAAAGAAAAUAUAAAAAUCCUCAAAAUUCAUAGUAAAUUUAUUAUCAAGGUACAUAUAUGUCAUCUGAGAUUCAUUUUCUUGUAAGCAUACUCAAUAAAUCCAUAGAGUAAUUACCACAAUAGAAUCUAUGACAGGUCACCAAGUUAGGCGUUUAACCAGUUGUCAAAAGACAACAAAAUGCAAAUACAAAAAGAAAUAAUAAUAAUAAAUAAAUAAGCAAUAAGUAUUGGGAACAUGAGAUGAAGAAUGCUAGUUUGUGCAGUGGAAUUUAAACUUGUGCCUCGAACUUAUGAGUGUAGCAUUAUGGAUAAAUUGUUCAGUGAAGUAUCUCCUAUGUUACUGUUGCCCUCAGAAAGACGCAGCACAGCGGAAAGCUUUUUGUUUUGCUGCACCUGUACCAACCUAUUGAAAAUCCGUUGAUGGUGUACACGGAUAGCCCUUACAUUAAAAAAGUGGGGAAUGCAGAGAUGAACAGGCAGCAGAUCUUCUAAAAUGUAAGCAAAGAUGAUUUCCUGAUUAAUUAUGAUGGCAGCGGGCAGUGCUCCCAAUCUUUCAAACAUUUGAACACUCUGAAAAGCUUUUGCUAAUAAUUAUCUUCUGCCUGUGAAAUUCUGCAUGGGAGCGACAACCUUGACAGAUCCUGCCUGCAGUGUUUGCAUUAGGUUUGUGGAGGUAAAUCUCACUUUCUUUCCCCCAAAUCCAUAACUUUUGCAAAAUAUGAUAGAUUUUUCAAUUGAUCAUAUUUCACAAGUAUAUUUCAAAAUACUACACAUUCUGAAUGAAAUUCCUGAUUAUCAUCCCUCAAUAAAGAGCAUAAAUAUUAUUGUGCCUUGAAAUCCCCAGUGUUACGAUUAGAUAAGAUGUUUUCCUUAUGAGAUUGUUGAGGUACAGUACUUGUUAUUGUUCAAGUAUGCUACUUGUGCCUGUUUGUUAAAUGUGGAAUAUUCUUAUUAUUUAUGCAUUGUAUUUGAACAACAUCACUAUCACUGGUAGGGUAGUGACCAUGAAUUUUGGCAAACUAAAUAGUGCUCUCUGUAACCCAACUUUCACUGGGUUCGGGUGCAAAUGUUUUGGUGCUGCAGUAACACCUCAGAAAGUUAAACGCUUACUGUUGAAGCCGAGAGCAACCACAAGAAAAGUUAGUGCCAAAUCUAGCUGCUCUCCCAAUUGUCUCUGAAAUUGCCUUCAAAGUUACACAGCUCUUAAUACAAUUCAAGUAAGAGGAAGCAGUAUUUCGGAUUCAAGUGCUGUCAUCAGUUUCUUCUAGGGAGUUGGCCCCAGUGACCUAGUCAAAAAUUUUCCCUCAAUCAAUGUCACAGGGAUUAUCUGGUCAUUAGCAUAUUCCUGUUUGUGGGAGCUUUCAGUGCACAAAUUGUACAACAGUGAAACCUCUACAGAAAGUUUACUUGGCGGUAAAGUGCUAUAGAUGUCCUGAGCUCAUUUUAUAAAUGUACAUAUUUAUUUUAGACAGACUGCCAGACUAAUGUGUGAAAACUAAUUAUUUUGGAUGAAUUUUAUUAACAAUUCUUUUAUUUUAUUAAGUUGGCCAAACACAUCACUUUUUUUUAAUCUGGCUUUUAUCAACAACAUUUUCGCUGUGAGCAGAGCCAAAAACCUAAUCUUAUGAAACCACUGAAUCCUGGCUUGAGGAGACAUGCCUUCUGUUAACUUUUCUAUUGAGGCCAGUUAAUGUGUAGCUUGGGCUGAAAGAUAUGCACAGCCUUCACAUUAAAAUGGUUAUGAGAUGGAAAAGUGACUUGGCUGCUUAAUAAAUUGAGUUAAAGCCUUAACUCGUGAAAAACUGUGAAUUCUGGCCAGUUUCUUUCGAGGCAACUUUCUUUUUUUGCCCAUUUCUGUGCAGGGACUUUAUACACUUUUGUAGUACACAUUUUAAAGUACAGGACCUGAUGUGAAGUGCAAUGCUUGUAGCUUUAUCAUGAAGGUGAUGUGGAAUUCCAGAGCUUUCAAUUCUGGGUUGGGAUGAUUAAUGAUAAGACUGACCCUGUUUCAGAGUGAGUGAGUGAGUGUGUGUGUGUAAAUAAAGAUCACUGAAGCUUUUCCUUGCUGCCACCCAAUUUGUUUUGAUUUAGCUCUUAGACCACAUGACAGUCAAGGACUUUGACUAGUGGGGAGCCUUGUUCUGUCUGUACUUAAAGGAACAGCCUUUGAAGAGAUGCAAAUGAUUUAUCAUAAUCAUGCAUCAUGGAAAGAGGUCCUUAGGCCCAGAGUCCAUGUAUACCUUUAUAUACUAACCUUUUACCUAAUGGUCACCCGUCCUGGGGACUCUAUGUGAAAGAUAUUGUGUACUCCUCCAUUAAUUUCACCAAUGAUUUCUCCAACGCAUUCAAACCCAUUAAGAGAUUUAGCCAGUUCUUUGAUCAUGAGGUUCAUUCGGAGUAACUUCAUGGUUUUUCAUUUAGCCAGAUACACAAAGCACACUAUUGGUUCUGAUAUAAUUUAGCUUGCCAAAUUAUCCUGUGCAACUUUGUAGAAUUUGUUUUGCUUUCGUGAAAAUGUCACAUAUUUCUUGUGCUUAGCAUUUUAAACACUAAUGCAAUCUGUGUGCGUGUGUGUGUGUAUUUUCUGAAAGGAAAUAACUAUUUCUCUUGUCAACUUGUUGGACUAUAUGAUUCAUGAGUUGUAUAAGUGAUGAUUUGUUUUGAAUAAUC